AUGGACAUCAAGGAACUCUUAACUAGAUUUGAUAAAACAGGUUGGGUCCCGCUCUGUUUAUUCAGAAUCAGAAAGACAGAGUAUCCAAAGGGGUCUCGCUUAGUCAAACUCGUAAGAAACGUCUCUGAAACUGCCGAGACCCAGUAUUGGAGUUGUUCAGAUCGACGACGAGCUCAGCUAGCUAGCAAACGUAGAAUGCCAGGCACUUGCAGCAUCACAGGUUAUAAAUCAUCGUAG